AUGGCGACUUUCGCACGUCCUGUGGCCUCCUCGAUUGGAGGUAUCGACUUUGGCGUCUAUUCCAACGACGACGUCAAAGCUAUCUCUGUCAAGCGAAUCCAUAAUACUCCGACAUUGGAUACCUUCAACAACCCUGUUCCAGGUGGUCUUUAUGAUCCAGCUCUAGGCGCAUGGGGUGACCAUGUUUGCACAACAUGUCGCUUGAACUCUUGGUCCUGUACUGGUCAUCCUGGACAUGUCGAACUGCCCCUUCACGUUUAUAACGUUACGUUCUUCGACCAGCUCUUCCGCUUAAUCCGGGCGCAAUGUAUCUACUGCCAUCGUUUCCAAAUGUCCCGCGUUCAAAUCAAUGCCUACGUGUGUAAGCUGCGGCUUCUACAGUAUGGAUUGGUCGACGAAGCCGGUGUUAUCGACUCCAUGGGAACCGGAAAAACGGACAAGAAGAAGUCGAAAGAUGAAGGCUCGGACAGCGAGGACGAAGACGAGGAGGAUUUGAUUGAACGCAGAAAUACCUAUGUGAAGAAGUGCAUUCGGGAAGCUCAGGCGUCCGGCAGGUUAAAGAGCCUGAUGGCUGGCGCAAAGAAUCCGAUUGCGACGGAGCAGAGACGGACAGUGGUCAAGGAAUUCUUCAAAGACAUUGUCAGCUUCAAGAAGUGCACCAACUGCAGCGGUAUUUCGCCAGGAUACCGGAGAGACCGACACUCGAAGAUCUUCCGCAAGCCUCUGGCCGAGAAGUCCCGACUCGCGAUGCUGCAAGCUGGUUUCCAGGCUCCUAAUUCUCUGAUCCUUCUCCAGCAGGCCAAGAGCCUUAACCUGAGAGAGAAGCAAGCACAUGCCAACGACGAGCUCCAGGGCGCGGAAGAAGAGGUGGCUCGUGGUAAUGCUGUUGUUACCCAGAUCGACGAGCAGAAGCAAGCCGCAGGCGAGACCCAGCAGUUCAUGCCUUCGCCUGAGGUCCAUGCUGCGAUGGCCCUGCUCUUUGAGAAGGAAGGAGAAAUUUUGAACCUUGUGUACAGCUCCAGACCUAUUUUGAAGGGUGAGUCCAAGGUCAGCGCGGAUAUGUUUUUCAUCAAGAACAUCCUGGUGCCACCGAACAAGUACCGUCCAGCUGCCGCCCAGGGACCCGGCUUGAUCAUGGAGGCGCAGCAAAACACAGCAUUCACACAGAUCCUGAAGAACUGCGACAUCAUCAACCAGAUUAGCAAGGAAAGGAAGAGUUCUGGUUCCGAUUCUGUCACCCGGAUGCGGGAUUACCGUGAUCUGCUCCAUGCUAUCGUGCAGCUCCAGGACACUGUCAAUGGUCUCCAUGACCGCGAUCGUAGCGGUCUUUCGGGUCCGGCAGCAGCGAGUGCUCCCAACGGUAUCAAGCAGAUCCUGGAAAAGAAAGAGGGUCUGUUCAGAAAGAACAUGAUGGGUAAGCGUGUCAACUUUGCCGCCCGUAGUGUCAUUUCACCGGAUCCCAACAUUGAAACCAACGAAAUCGGUGUCCCGCUUGUGUUCGCCAAGAAGUUGACUUAUCCUGAGCCUGUCACCAACCAUAACUUUUGGGAGAUGAAGCAAGCAGUCAUCAACGGACCGGACAAGUACCCUGGUGCCGCUGCCAUUGAGAACGAAAUGGGCCAGGUCACCAACCUCAAAUUCAAGAGUCUGGAUGAGCGGACAGCUCUUGCGAACCAGCUUCUUGCUCCUUCGAACUGGCGGAUGAAGGGGUCUCGAAACAAGAAGGUCUACCGCCAUCUUACCACUGGUGAUGUCGUUCUGAUGAACCGUCAGCCUACGCUUCACAAGCCGUCCAUCAUGGGUCACAAGGCUCGGGUCCUCCCUAAUGAAAGAACAAUUCGGAUGCACUACGCCAACUGUAAUACCUACAACGCAGACUUCGACGGUGACGAAAUGAACAUGCAUUUCCCGCAAAAUGAGCUUGCACGAUCCGAGGCUAUGAUGCUCGCCGACGCAAACCACCAAUACCUCGUUGCAACAUCGGGUAAACCACUGAGAGGUCUUAUUCAGGACCAUAUCUCGAUGGGAACUUGGUUCACGUGCCGGGAUUCCUUCUUUGAUGAAGAAGAUUAUCACCAGUUGCUGUAUAAUUGUCUGAGACCAGAAAACUCUCACACGAUCACAGAGCGCAUUCAACUCGUGAGUCCGACUGUGAUUCGUCCGAAGCGCCUGUGGACCGGAAAGCAGAUUAUCACCACGAUCCUUAAGAACAUCAUGCCCCCAGGCCGAGCUGGUCUGAAUCUGAAGAGCAAGUCUUCCACCCCCGGCGACCGAUGGGGCGAGGGCAAUGAAGAAGGAACCGUUAUCUUCAAGGAUGGUGAAAUGCUGUGUGGUAUCCUCGAUAAGAAACAAGUUGGACCUACCGCUGGCGGAUUGAUUGAUUCCAUUCACGAGAUCUACGGACAUGAAAUUGCGGGGAGAUUAAUCGGUAUUCUUGGACGACUCUUGACAAGGUUCUUGAACAUGCGCGCAUUCACCUGUGGUAUCGACGAUCUUCGGUUGACCAAGGAGGGCGAUCGUGUCCGCAAGGAAAAGAUUAGCCAUGCCUCAAGUAUUGGUCGUGAGGUUGCACUGAAAUAUGUGACUCUGGAUCAGACCAAGAUUCCCGACGAGGAUGCUGAGCUGCAGCGGCGGUUGGAAGAGGUUCUUCGUGAUGAUGAGAAGCAAGGCGGCCUGGAUAGUGUUACGAACGCUAGGACAUCUAAGCUCUCCUCCGAGAUUACGGCGGCUUGUCUUCCAAAGGGUCUAGUCAAGCAGUUCCCGCGGAACCAAAUGCAGUCGAUGACAAUCUCCGGAGCCAAGGGUUCCGGUGUCAACGCCAACCUGAUUUCUUGCAACCUCGGUCAACAAGUUUUGGAAGGUCGUCGUGUGCCUGUUAUGAUCAGUGGAAAAACCCUACCUUCGUUCAGAGCAUUCGAGACGAACCCUAUGGCUGGUGGUUAUGUCUGUGGUCGUUUCUUGACUGGUAUCAAGCCUCAAGAAUAUUACUUCCACGCCAUGGCCGGCCGUGAAGGUCUUAUUGAUACAGCCGUUAAGACCUCUCGAUCCGGUUAUCUGCAGCGUUGUCUGAUCAAGGGUAUGGAAGGCUUGAAGGCAGAAUAUGACACUUCGGUUCGCGAGGUCUCCGACGGGUCUAUUAUUCAGUUCUUGUACGGAGAAGACGGUCUUGAUAUCACGAAGCAAGUGCACCUUAAAGACUUCGAUUUCUUGGCCUCAAACCAUCGCUCUGUCUUGUCUUCGGUCAAUCUUACGAGUGACUUCCAUAACAUGGAGAAAUCAGAAGUUGCCGAUUGGCAUAAAUCUGCAAUGAAGAAUGUCCGUAAAGGCAAGCUUGAUGCUAAGGACCCGGUGCUGGCCCACUAUCACCCAGGAGGCAACUUCGGAAGUACAUCCGAAUCGUUUUCGCAGGCUCUCAAGGAUUACGAGGACAACAACCCUGACAAGCUUCUGCGCGACAAGAAGACCCAUGUCGACGGUGUGAUCAGCAAGAAGGCCUUCGAAACGUUGAUGAACAUGAAGUACUUGAAGUCCGUCGUGGAUCCUGGUGAGGCCGUCGGUAUCGUCGCCGGUCAGUCUAUCGGUGAACCUUCGACUCAAAUGACCCUGAACACCUUUCAUUUGGCUGGUCACUCGGCAAAGAACGUCACCCUGGGUAUUCCCCGUUUACGUGAAAUUGUCAUGACUGCUAGUGCAAACAUCAUGACGCCAACCAUGACGCUCAUCCUUAACGAGGAGAUCCCCAAGGAACAGGCUGAGCGAUUCGCCAAGGCCAUCAGCAAACUCAGUGUCGCUGAGGUCGUCGAUAAGGUUCAGGUCAGGGAGAGAAUCGCCGCUGGCCAGGGCUACGCCAAGGCGAAGGUCUACGAUGUCGAAGUCACUUUCUUCCCGCCCGAGGAGUACACCGCGGAAUACGCCAUCAACACCAAGGACAUGCAGAACACUCUGCAGAAGAAGUUCAUCCCCAAGCUUGUCAAGUCUACCCGGGCCGAGCUCAAGAAGCGUAUCGACGAGAAGUCAAUCAAGAGUCACUCCGCUGCCCAGCCUGAGAUUGGUGUGUCUGUUGGCACCAUCGAGCAGGCCCAGGGCCCUGACCGCGAAGACGAACCCGCCGAUGACGACGUCGAAGACGACGAGGACGACGCCAAGCGCGCCAGGGGUGGCCAAAACCGGUCGAACCAGGUCUCUUACGAAGGCCCCGAAGAGGACGAAGUAGACAUGGUUCGCCAGCAAGACGCCUCGGAAGACGAUGAAGACGACGACGACAACACCGGCGCUCCCUCGACCAAGAAGCAAGACGUGGAGAUUACAGACGCCACAGACGAAGAUGCCGACACAGACGAACAAAUCAAGCGCGAGGACGACAUCAAGGGUAAAUACGCCGAAGUCACCCAGUUCAAGUUCAACCCCAACAAGGGCAUCACCUGCACCGUCCAGCUCCAAUACGACAUCUCCACCCCCAAGCUCCUCCUCCUCCCCUUGGUCGAAGACGCCGCCCGCAACGCCGUCAUCCAAUCCAUCCCCGGCCUCGGCGACUGCACCUUCGUCGAAGCCGACCCGGUCAAGGGCGAGCCCGCGCACGUCAUCACAGACGGUGUCAAUCUGCUCGCCAUGCGCGACUACCAGGACAUCAUCAAGCCGCACUCGCUCUACACCAACUCGAUCCACCACAUGCUCAAGCUGUACGGUGUCGAGGCCGCGCGUGCGUCUAUCGUCCGUGAAAUGUCCGACGUUUUCGAGGGUCACAGUAUCUCCGUCGAUAACCGCCAUCUGAACCUGAUUGGUGAUGUGAUGACGCAGUCUGGUGACUUCCGGGCGUUCAACCGGAAUGGUCUCGUCAAGGAUAGCUCGUCGCCGUUGGCGAAGAUGAGUUUCGAGACUACUGUUGGUUUCCUGAAGGAUGCUGUGCUUGAGAGGGAUUUCGAUAACCUCGCUUCUCCUAGUAGUAGGAUUGUUACUGGUCGUUCUGGUACUGUUGGUACUGGUGGAUUUGAUGUUCUUGCCCCUGUGGCGUAA